AUGCCGCCCUUCUCCCCGCCUCCACCCUCCUCUUCUUUCUCUUCUUCCUUCUCUUCUGUCUCGAAAUCUGCUGUCUCCUCUUCCGCGCAGGCUCCGCCGCGAGACGGACCCGACGCCUUCCAUGGGGAUUCCUCUGGGCUCCGUGAACGCGAAAUGUCUGCGCCUCUGGGGUCUUCUCCUCCAUGUUCUUCUGUCUCGUCGGCUGCCAGGACACCGCAGGCGGACGUCGCCGGCUUCCCCUCCUUCUUGUCUUCCGUCGCGUCCACCUCUCAGACGCUGUCUCUUUCUGUUGCGUCGACUUCCUCUGGCCCAUCACCGCCGCCAAGUCAUCUCCUGAACGCCGCACAUCUGCCGCACUGGAGCCUCGCGACUUCGCCUGCGCCCUGCUCGCCUCAGGCCUUCCCGAGCUCGCCAGACGCGUUGAUAGGUGCAUGCAUACCUCUGCCUCCGGCGGCGACUGCAGGCAAGGUCAGCCGCGCGAACGGAUCUCUGCCGCCGUUCUGUGUAGUUGUCGCAGCUGUCUCGCCCAUCAUUCACACCUCUUCAGGCCUGGACGGCUCGUCUGUUUCGGCGCUCUGCUCGGCUCCGCGCCUCGACGCAGGCGGCGGUGCGCCGGACGCCUCCAGCGCGUCUUCUUCCUUCGAAGCUGCGCAGCCCACGGGCGCCGCGGCUGUCUCCUCGCUCGAGGGCUCUCUCUCUCGAGAGCAAGUCGCCACCUGUCUCUCUCUCUCUUCGUCCUUCGUCUACGCCGCGGCGUUCCACUCCUGCUCCCAGCUUCGUUGUCUCUCCGACUGCGUGUACAGUGCUCUCAGCAACGAGGUGUAUCUCAUCCACGUACCAGCUCUCCUCUUCGCCCAAAAACUUUCGCGGCCCUUCGCCGACUGCGCCGGCCAUGUCGGGGGGACUGACGGCCUCGACCGGCCCGUAGCGACGGCGCUCGGCGCCCAGGGUGCUGCCUGCGUCUGGCCCUCUCAGGUGUAUGUACACCCGAGACGGCGCUACAAGACCGUCGCGUGCGCCGACGGCGGCGGCGGUCUGGGGCCUUGGGGGAGGAGGCCCUAUGGUCUCCGUGGCGAGGACGAGGGAAGCCCAGACGCGCGUCGCCUCGCAGUCGCGCGGAGACGGACCGUCCUCACGCAAAUCAGCUGUCAGUCUCUCUGGAGGCCAGCUGCGACUGCAGAUGGAAGUUCCGGGGAGUCCGUGGCUUCCUCUUGCCCCGUGAGUCGAGCCGGGACGCUCUCUGGGGAAGACUUGCUGCGCGGUGACCGCAGGAGACAGCCGUCGCGGCCUUUGUCCUGGGAAGGUCUCCCGCUGCAUGCACUCUCGGGUGUGGAGACAGCCGGCGUCGAUCGCUGUGUGCUCGGCGGAUUCCCUCUGUCUCCAGCAGUCUCCGCCUCGUCACAGCCUCCUUCCGUACUUCUGUCGCUUCUUUCGCGAGUGCUGCCUGCGCCCUUCCCCUCUCUCUGGCCGCCUCUCGUUCUUCUCCAAAACCUCGAGAAGGAAGACCCUCUAGGAGACGAGAGAGGAGACACCAUAGAGCGUCGAGAGACCUCCGACGCGCCUUCUGCCCAUCUGGCUUUCUCUUCUUCUCGUUCCUCGCGUCCUCCUAUGUCUCCAUCUCUGUCUGCUUCUUCUCCGUCGCCGUCCGCCGCUUCUCACGUGAUGGUCCUCGGUCACGCGUACGCAAUGAGUGUAUGUACACACAUGGGUGCGACGCGGAGUGUGCAGAUACACCCGCCGACUGCAUGCACGGCGCUGCUGCUCUUUUCGGACGUUGAGGGCUGGGGCGUCCACGUUUGGAGAGAACGCGAGCCUUGUUCAGGGGUCCUAGAGCUCGCCAUUCGCGUAGAAGUUCCCGCGCCUCUCUCUUCGCUCGACGGCGACGAGAGAGGCGGGAGAAGGGAGACGAAGAGACACUGGAGUGACUUGUCACGAGGCAGCAUCGAGGCAGACGUCCAGGGGGCUGAACGCGAGAGCGUCAAGAAAGAGGAGAAAGCCGAGGCGCAAGGCGAUUGGAGCUGGAGACCGGCAACACCCCAUGGGCUAGUCAAGGUUGCCGUCCUCGAGCUCGACGAUCGCAUGCAAGGAAUUGGAGGUAGUGGUCUCUCGUCUCUCGACUUUGGCCUCGCGGACUCUUCGCCAUUCGCAGCCGUUCCCCGUCAGCACAUUCUCUUCUUCUACCUCGCCUCGGAGCCUCGCGUUGAAAACGACCUUUCCACUUUCUUCCCGACGCAAAAGCUCCCUGUGCCCCGCACGAAGCCGCCGCGUUCCUCGCGUGAUGGAGAGAACAAGGACGCCUUUGUGUCUGGCGAACGAGAGAGCCGGCGCAGACCGGCGGGCGAGGAGACAGCGAGAGAGAAGAGCGAGAUGCGGAAGCGGCCAAGAGAGAAGAGCGAAAGGAGGCAGUUCGCCUUCCUCGGGGCCUUCAUGGUCGACGGACUCGCCAGAGGAGCCGUAGGCCGCCCUGUCGUCCAGCGCGUUGCUGGACCCGCCCAAGUGCCUCUGCAUGCGACCGGCGUGGACGUCGCGGAAAUUGAGAAGGUCGAACCUUGCGAAAUUUCCAUGAUGACGUCCUUCCUGACAGUUUCGUCGUCAUCUGCGGUUCCCCCUGUCCCCUCCGGUGUGGUGUUGGGGGCGCCGGUGGCCGGGGGCCUGCCCCUGUGUGGAGCGAGCGCAGCGCUUCCGCCGCUUGUGGGGGCGAGGCAGCAGCAGCAGAUUUGGUCUACGCAACGUCGCUCUGGGGUGUCUUCUGUCUCUGCGAUGGCCGGCAACCUGGUGUGGGGCGAGUUGACGGGUCUCCUCGCGUCCGCCAUUCCCUCCUGUCGGCUGACCUUGCGGACAGGCGCAAACGACCAAGUAGAGCUCCUGCUCUCGCCUUUGGUUCUCUGCUGCCCGGAGCCGCCUGCUCCCUCGAAGACGAAUCCCGAGCCGGGCGCCGGUGAAGCUGAAGGCGGCAGGGGGGGCGAAGCCGUGAUGGGGCCCUGUCUCCGCUAUGCGUUGCGGUGUCUGUCCUCGGUCUCUCGGCGAUUCCUCCCUGUGGCUGCACCCGCCUCGUUGGAGGCCUUGUGGCUCAGGCGGCGGAGCCUUCUGCGGCCUCUGGCGGGCCUCGCCCCGGCUCCAUCUGCACUGUGGCUUCUUCCUCUUCAGCAAACGCUAAGGGGAAAGGAUGCCGGCUAUUCGCCCCCGUCACUGACGACUUUGUGUAAACAAGUUGCACCUCAGAGGACCCUCGACAGCUCCGGCGGGGGUUGGGAGGGAGAUGAGGAACCUUCCCUGAGGUUGCAACAGAACGAGGGAGCGCAUGCGUCGACGUUCACUUCUUCGGAAGGUGCGGACAUCAACGCUUCUCUCGCGGUGUCCCCGCGCCCGAGUCCCGCCCCUGGCGGAGACUCCGCAGAGGAGACAGCGAUGAAAUCUUCUUUCUCGCGGUCGGCCUCGCGGGCCUCUGCAUGUGCGGGGUCUCCUUCCCUGAUGUCGCUGGCGGUACUCCCCGAGUUCAACGUCGCGGCAGGCAUCGUGGGGACGGAUGAAGCCGGGGAGCCCAGCGGACCCGUGUACCUCUGGCAUUACAGCGACAUGCUUGCAGGCCGACCACCGGUGUGUUGUCUCCAGUCUCGCCUCAGCGGCGAUGGUCGCGUUCGAUCCAAGCCCGGACACAGUCUCAGAGGCGAGGGGCGAAGGCGCGCGGAGGCCUCGAGACGGGAAAGGCUCCUGCCCCCGAUGCAGCAGGUCUCCUGGGUUCCGGCCUCGUCCCUCGCCCUGUUUCAGCGCGCAUGCGCCGGCGCUCGCGUCGACGUUCAAAGCGCGGGGGGACCCGCCCUCGAGGAGACGCCUGAAGGCCCGCUUCGCCUUCCUGGAGACGCGGGAGAGAGAAGCAAGGACACAGAAGAGGCACUCGCCCGCCCGGACAUGGUCAGCGGUCACUUGCCUGUCCUCUUGUGUGUCGCCGCGGAGGCGAUUCGCGAAGGAGAGUGCAUGCGCACAAAAACGAGACGCCGGCCUCUGGUGUAUGCAUUUGAGGUUGACCUCCUUCAUGCGCUCUUUGGCAUUCGCCAGGUGUCUCUCGCCGUCGCUCCUUCCAUGUCGCCACUUGUUCCGUCCCUGUCUCCAUUUGAGGCCCCUGUCUCCGCGCGGUCUCCCUGCCGCCCCGCCGCGGGGCGCCGAGAUCCUUUCUGCUCGUUCGCUCGCGUUGUCGCCUCUCAAGUCGUGGAGUUGCCUGUGACCUUCGUCGCACGAACAGUCCAGUCCCGUCUGCUGCUUCUGCUUCUGGUCGAAACGGUAGAGAGUCUCCGCCCGCAUGCGUCCAGUUUGGAGAAAGAGGUGGAACCUGCGGAUCUUGACCCUCUGGCGCGCGGCUCGACGCAGCCGCGCCCGUCUUCGUCGCUCUCUUACUCUCUUCUUCUCUUUGGGCUCGGCCCCCAUUUGUGUCUCAUCAAUCCCAAGGCUACAAUCGCUCGAGGAGAGCAUAAGCGAGAGGAGGCUCUUUCGCGGAGUGCUCCUGAAGAUAUCUUUCCGUCUCAACCAGGAUCCUCGCCUGCCUCCGUAGAUUCGUUUGUGAGACGCCAGGCAGGGGUGCUUGGCUCUGAGCUCCUUGGAGUCUGGCCUGCCCUCAGUCCGCUGGAGGCGCAUGCGACAUGGGGUGAGGCCGGUGAGCCGCUCCUCGAUGCGUGCGUUGUGUCAUCCUCAGCUCUCCUACUCGCCUCGCCGCUCUUCUUCCACGAGCCUGCUGGGGUGUUUCUGCCAUCCGUCAACUCGUCGCCUGUCCGCGGCAUCUCCCGUCUCCGCCAUCAACUGCCUUCUCAGUCUGUCUCGGGGGCCGCUAAUCCUGCACUCUUCUCUGGUGGCGGAGUGUGUUUUCUUUUCCUUCUUCGCCUUGUCGCCCCUGUCCCUUCGAGCGGGGCUGAGGCUCUCCCCGCUGUCCCUUCAAACGGUGACAGUGAGGCCCUGCGAGGAUUCGGGCGCGAUCUUGGCCCCUGCUCUCUCUCGCAGCUGUCUCUUUUCGCGGUCGCCUCGGUCCCUCAACGCCGGCGGGUCACGGCCCUCGCCCUCGCCCCAGACACUCUCGCUGUGGGGACAGGACCCGCCCCCUCAAGGCCUUUCAGGCGAGAGCGGGAAGCGGCCGUCGGGGGCGUCGAACCGGAGGCCCCCCUCGCGUUUGUCUAUUCUCUUCGUGGGCUUCCGCUGGUUGUCCCCUGCGCCUCCGAGGCGGGCGUGCGAACGGCAGCUCUCUCUUUCCUCUCCAGUCUUGCUGUGUCCUCCGGGCGCCCGCAGGCUCCCGUUGCAGAGCCCCAGUCGUCUCCAAGCAACGCCCCAGAGCACUCCGUCCUCUCGGAUCUGGCCCAAAGCUUCGCAUGCGCCCAGGCGUCCGGCGUUGGGGCUGCCAGCCUCGCCCCGACUAGGAGAGACGCGCCGUCUCCGGUGUCUCCUGCCGCAGGCUCUUCGCCCGUAGAGACAUGCGCCCUGGGCCUCGAGCGGGUCCUCGCGGCCGUGGCGGCGGCGCCCCACUUGAAGCCGGAGACGGCGCUGCCCCUCGUUAGACUCGGGGGGGCGCCGCUCGGACAGCUUGCAUCUGGAGCGGCAACUGGAGGACCUCGGCAGGCCUCGGCGUCCAGGUGUUCAGGCCCAAAGCCGGCAUGUCACCGCGCGCCUCCGAGAAUCGAUGGGAAGAGUCGGGAAGCCCCGAAUCCGUCUGCAAGCUUCACCUCCGCGUACGGGCGACUUCGUACCUGGCGCCGGGGCCAGGGGACCCUGGCGGUGCCGCCGGCGGAGACAGGAGACAACAGAGGCCCGAACGAAGGACACCGGGCGAGAGACCGAGCAGAGACAGCUGUUUCCGUUGCCGGUCCCGGUCUGGAGCCGUCCUCCGGAGACAUGUCCUCUGCGGGCAGCGGACAGGCGGAUUUCGCGUCUCAUCGCGUUUGUCGUAUGGGGCUCUGUCGCCUCCCAGGCGCGACGACGGGUCUGCUCGUGAAGACAGUGAGAUGCAGGCCUGCUCGCGGAGACAGAGUGAUGUCUCCGGACGAUGCUUGCAGCUGCGUGUAUCUGUUUGUUUCAGUCCCAGCGCAGGCAGGUCAGAGUCGCUUCGGAAGUCGAUUCCGUCUGCCGGCUGCACAGUCUGCCCCGCACAUCUGGCUCCGGCUCCUGCCCCUCCCGCCGGAGAACUGUCUCCCCACACCGCAGCUCCAGGCCUUUUACCGGCACCCUCUCGUCGCCGGUUUGCGAGACGCGUGGUGGGGCCCUGAGGCAUCUGCGACUCUCUUCGCCUUCCUGGCACUGCCGCCCGCCACCUGCUUGGGAGGCUUCGCAACCUCGCAUCUGGGCGACGAGACAGGGAACACCUCAGAAGCCUCGGGCGCGACGACCCCGCUGCCCCAUCAUACCUCUGGCGCACCUAGUCCCCUCGUCUUGAGCCGCCAGGCGUCGACUGAGGCUCUUCUCUCUCCGGGCCUCUUCUCCGGACUGCCGGACGAGCUCCGGGCGCGACCUGACUCAACGCAGGCUCUUCUCGCCAGCCCUGUGCCCGGCCUCGUGCAGAGAUUCUCCCUCCACACCCUCUUGCCUCUUCUUCUUCCCGUCGCCGCCUUCCCAUGGGCGCCCCUCACAGGGGCCCCGGCUGGCCCGCGAGGCCCUGAGGAGCCCCACCGCUCGCGCCUCUCUCCGGGUGUUUCCGAGAGGCCCUCCGUCCAGGUGAACCCGACGAACGCUGCAGCCGCAACCGUCGCCUCAGUCGCUUCGGCCUCUGAAAGCCACACAACGCUUGCGCUCUGCCAACAACGCGAGCAGUGGGAGAUCGAACGGCGGAUGCUCCAAGUCGUAGCGGCGCCCUUGCUCCUCCCUUACCACCCCUCGGUCCUCGGGGCCCUCUUCUCCAGCGGUUUCGUCGGCUCUGUCAAGUGGAUUCUCGGAACCCUGCUCAGGUGUCUCCGAGCCGCCGGGCUGGCCCGCGGAGACAAAACGGACUCCAGCGGCGUUCGCGUUAGAGGCCUGGAGACGUCGGCGUCCUUGGAGACAACGCGGCUUCUGGGGGGCUUCAUUGAGCCCAAAGAGUCGCGAGUCAGCGAGGCGGAGUCCGAGGGUCUCUGGGACGCUGCGGCGCCCGAUGAAACAGAUGCAGGAGACCCUCGUGUAGGUGCGCUUUCGAAAGAGCUGGGAGGUGCAGACGCCGUCUGCGGGUGUCCAAAUCGCGGCAGCUGGAACAGUGGAAAUGCCAAAUCUGCCAACGACCUCUGCGGCUGCUGCUGCGUCCUCGAGUCCCUGCUCCAAACCUCCAUGAUGUGCUUGUCUGGAGUUUUUCUUCAGCUCGCAGCUGAAGAGCAGGACCGCGUGGCGGCGCGGGCCGCUCGAGGGCUCCAGAGCAACGCCAAGGGUCCCUCGAAAGACUCGCGAAGUUCGCGUAGAGACGGAGCCGCCUGGGAGGGACCUGGGGCCUCGCUCGCAUCCUCCUCGGAAGCCGCAGUGGGGUCCGGAGAUCUCAGGGGGACACAGGUCCCCGCCCAGCGAAGGCAGGGCCUUUUCGAAACCCUGCUGACGCGGUGUGGGGUGGCCGGAAGAGGCGAGACCGCAGGACCGAUCGCCUCAGACGGGCGCGAGCUCAGCUGCCCCAGGGCGGACAGCGAGCACUUAGGUGUCUCUUCAGAAAGAGACGAUUUGUUCGCAGGGUUGGCCUCGGGAGCUCGCGCGUUUGAAACGCCGAGGCCGAAGGUCGGCGAGAGAGCCGCGGACUUGUUUGCGGCCUCGCCGGGCCUCGACGAGGAUCCCUUCGACGUCUCCGAUAUCCUUGGGCUCCGGAAAAAGGGAGUGGAUGUCUUCGGAGCGAACGCCUUGGGGACUUCGACGCGCUGCGACCAGCCGACGCAAAGUCAGGCUCCUCCUUGCCCUUCAUCUUCUCUUUCGUGUCUCUCUGCUUCCUCGCCUGCGUCUCUGGACCCCGUCACGGUCGGCCUGACGCCCGCCGACUACAAGCUUCUUCUGCUACUCCUCGCCCAGGAUCUACCGGGCCUGCGUCUGUCUCCCCUGGAGCAGAGACAGCUGUGGGGUUUCGUCGCGGCGCUCAGGAACCUCGAGCUGGGCCAGAGCGACCGCGGGGAGAAACCUGUUUCCUCUCUCGUCGAGGACUUCCCUCAGGUCGCCGCAGCCGUCUUCGAAGCCGCGGGCGCCGCCUCAGACGCCAUUGCCCUCUCAGGGGCCUGCGGCCGGGCGCGAGGAGGCCUUUCUGUCCCUGCCGACGCGCUCUUGACAACUGGCUCUGCGAUGCAGCUGGAGGCCGGGGGGAACCUCCGGCCGAAGGAAGAAAAGGCGACGAGAAGUGGAUGGGGCUUUGAGGAGGAACAGGCGGCGCGUCUCGCGGGGAACGCACUCCGCAGUUGGGCGCUGCGGGGGUCGACAGCGGCCACAGACGGCAAAAGAAGAUCCGGCGAAAUGGGCAAGGAGGCCUGUCUUGCGAGAGCCAGACUCGGACUUCUUCAGGUGGAGCCGGAAGCAGACCUGCCGAGAUCUGGGAGUCAGGCCCCACCACAGCAGCCUAGCAGUCCUGUUGUCUCCUCGUCUCUCUUGAGCAGCGAAGAUCUUUGCUGGUGCGUCCAUGCUGACGGCGAAGAGGCGAUGCUGGCUGAGGCGGUUGCCAGCGCCCGGCAAGCACCCGGUGCCCAAGGGAAGCUACUGUGGCCUCACAUCAAAAAACGCGGCGUCGGCUUCUGGCUACGGAACCCAACGCAGGUCAAGGCCCUCGCAGACUUGCUUCUCAAGGACGCCACCGUUCUCGCGGCUGCGGAGACUGCCGCGCAGCAGGGCCCUUUUGGAGCCCAAGGCGGUCGCAACGGAGACAGGGGCGCGGGCGUCGCUUCGGGCCUGGCGUUCCAGACGGCCGAGGCGAGAGGCGGGGCCGAAGACAGACCCGGCGGACACUCAAAGGCGAGUCAUCCCUUUCUCCACCAGGACUCCGCGGCGCUCUGGUCCGUCGCGAGCGCCAGAUUAAAUUUCAUAAAGGCGGCCUAUAAACAGCAAAAAAACCUCAAGGUCGUCGAGUUUCUAUCACGUGAUUUCAGUGACCCUCGGUCGCAGGCUGCAGCGGAGAAGAAUGCCUACAAGCUCGUCCAGCAGAGGCGGUACCAUCUAGCUCUCGCCUUCUUCAUCCUGGCGCGGCAGAUUCGAGAAGUCUGCGACCUCUGUUGUCGCCAACUGCAAGACGUUCAGCUCGCUCUUUUCCUGUGCCGCCUGACAGAUGCAACGCAGCGCCCGUGUGGGCCGCCUCUUGGCGCAGACUCUUUUUCCAGUGCGUCUGCGUUUCCUCCUCCCACAGACGCAAGCAGCCGACAGUCGCCAAGUUCCCUUACCUCGGCCGGAGCAGGCUGCGCGCCGCCGUCACCUGGGAGCCUCCCGGUCGCCUGCGGGACUCUAUGCCCGUCGGCGUCUCCGCCUCCGCUCUCGUCUCCGACCCUCGGCGCGGAGUCGCCGGGCGGUGCGCUGUCUCCGUCAAGUGUCACCUCGAGUCCCGCCGCCGAGUACCGGCGGGUGUUGAUUCUCCGCCUCGCGCCUCUCGCCGCGGCUGCGGGAGACGUUUGGCUGCUUCACCUUGCCUUCUGGCUCGCGGGGGACCACGGGGCAGCCUUCUUUGUGCUCCUGCCGCCCCACUUGCCUCCGGCGUCUUUCUCUCGCCUCGCACCUCUCACUCAGCCGCAUGCGCAAAUCGCGACCUGUUGCCCGACAGAGGGGGGGCGCAGGGCGAAUUCUCGCGGCUGCGCGAGUCCCGACCACACCUGGAACUGGCGCUCUGAGCACAGCGACCUCUCGACGUUGACGCCGUUUGACCCGAGGCCCUUCUUCUUCUCCCCACACUCCUCACGCGCCUCAUGUCUGUCUCCAUCUCUCUCCUCUCUCGUUUCCGCGUCCGGCUCCGCCAGGGCCUCCCUCAUCACGCAUGCCGAGGCCAGUCUGUCUCGCCUUCAAGGCGCCCCCACAGGGUUCUUUUCCUGGGCCGGCACAGAUGCGUCGGACACCGCCAGUCUGCAUGAAGACGCCGACCGUUUUGACGGCGGCGCCCUGAGGCACUCUGCGUUGUCUCUAAGUCUUGUGGCCUUCCGCAGCGUCGUCCAAAACGCUUUGCCGAUUCAGCGACUUCGCGUCCAGCUCGAGGAGCAACACACGCAGCUCCAACUCGCCCGGGAACUGCAUGCGCAGCUCAGGGCCCAGAGCCCACUGGCGCGCGCUCUGGGCUCAGCGGUGAGCGUCGUGUGCGGACCUCGGGAAGACACCGGGACUGGGGACGGUCACUCCCCCGGGGACGACCAGAGCCGGACCUUGUCGUUUGGCUCUUUGCCGUCGCGAGGCUCUCUGUCGAAUCAGCCACCCUUUCACUUUCUCCACCACAGCAGCGCCUCUACGCUCGCGGGCUUCUCCGACACGACGCGUGGGGACUCCGAGGUCGGGGGUGGGGCUCUGGGGCGCCGGGGAGAGAGCGGCUGGGUGGACUCCGCCGUUGACUGGGGCGCAGACGGAGACUCUGACCGCGAAGGCAGAGAAACAGGAGACACUGCUUCCGCGGGGACCUCCCGGCGCAGGCCAGGUGGCUCGGGAGGACCAGAGGGAGAACAGAGAAUCGCUUUUGGAGGCGAAGGGUCUCGCGACUCGCCGCAGCUGCAGUCACACUCAGAUGCAACGCAGGGAUCCGCCGUCGGGCUCGGACCGCUUGGGGCUCCGAGUCCGAGGCCUCCAGGAGACAGAGAGAGACGCGCUGUGCCCGCUUCCCCAGGGACGUCGGCUGGCUCGAUCGAGGCGCGCGGGGCUUCUGGAGGCGCGACGCCGACCGAGCCCGCGGGUGUGGGGGAGUCGUCGGGUGCGGAAGCGUCAGGAGUGGCUCGCGGCGUGGAGUUGGCGGAGUCUGCUGUUUUCGGAGAAGCGGUUCUGUGGGCCCUCAAGAAUCCUGCGGCGGCUGCCAUGUGCGAACUCUACCUCCUCACACUCGCCUACCUCCACCGGGGCGAGGCGUUUCUCGCCGCGGUCGCAGCCACGAGGUUCCUAGCUCUCGCUCGCCGAGCGGAUUUAGACGAGAGGCAAGAAGGCGAAAAGAGCAGUGGCCUGUCGCACGCACCAGGAGAAGAACAUGCUGUCUCCUCGAGAGGCGAGACUGGUCUGGGUCGCUCCUGUGGAGACAGUGGAGACUUUGCGAGCACACAAGUCGCCAGGGGAGGCCCCACAGCGCAGGCUGCCUUCGAGCUUUUGUUUGCUUCCUGGGCUCCAUGUCUCACUGUGAACAGAUCUUUGCCUUCUUCAGAAGCGGCGAUGCAAAUCCGGCUCCCGCUCCCAGAGAGUCUCUUUGAGGUCAAAGCCGGGGAGUCCUGCCCGUCCCCUCAACUGUCUGCUACGCUCGCUGCGCUGACUGGCCUGAAUGCAGGCACUCUGCUUCUUCUUCCGGAGUCGCCCUUUGCGUCUCUCCUAAGUCUGCCUGUUGCAUCUGGGGUCUCCGAAAAGGUGGCUCCAAACUGUCUCCACUGCGGUGUCUCCGAGGCCGCGUCCUCCCCCCAAGCUGUCUCCCUCAGUCUCCCCGACACCGUCGCCUCUUGUUUCGUCGCCUUUCUAGACCGGAUGUGUGGGGCGGCUGGAUGUCGCCUCGUCCUCAACAAGACCCUUCUGGCCUCGAGCUCUCUCAGCGCCGCCGCCGCCCGCAAGAGCGCCACAGCCUUCCCCUUCAGUCCCCACUGUCCCUCCUGUCGCCCGCGGAUCUUCGCGAACGCAGAGGCGGCUUCGCUCGCGGGUCUCACAGAGCCGUCUGAGUCUCCUUCCGCCCCUUCAGUCGCUGCGCCGCCUAUGCCGUCAGCCGGGGAGACUGGGGCCCUCAGUGCGCCUGUCUCAUCAGCCUUCCACCAAAACGCGCAAGGUACUGUCCCGAGUCCGAUUCGCGCCCUAGGUCUCCUGGAGUCCAUCGCCGCGCAACUGCUGCUGUGGUCCGACAGACGGCGCCGCAUGACCCUGUCCCCGGGGGUGUCUGGAGACAGGGACCCGCUGGCCCUGGGGGCAUGCAGCUGCGCGGAGAGACGCCUCCUCCAGGCGAUUCAGGCAGCCGGAAAACUCGGGGGUGGCCGGCGCCUCGCAGCCGUCGCCGCGGAUGCCAUGGCGUGGGCCGCAGGUGUGGGGCCUGUCGCAGCGGCCAUGCGAGAGCAGCGGCUGUGGCACCGCCUCCUUCGGGCUCCAGAGACAGCCGCAGGCCCUGGGGUGCCCCAAGGCGCGGAUGGGCCUUCAGGAUCAGGAGCUGUUAGCAGCCCUCCCUCGGAGACACGGGUCUUCUCGUCGUCCACACGCGACUCUCCGGUGCUUGGCUGGGCUGAGGCCUCAGCUCUCGGCGGCAGGCUUCCAACCUUCUUCGAAGAAGACACGCAGCACUUGGCCUCGAACUGCUUCCUCGCCGCGCUUCGGGCCGCGGCUCUGGGACGCCGCGCCGCAGCCGCGCGCAGAUGCGAAAGAGCCCUAGGCGCCGGCGCGGCCACAGGCGGACCGAGCGGACUCGCCGUGAGCAGGCGGGGGCGCAAGGCGGCGUGGCGCCUCGCCCGCUUCUGCGCUGCGGGAUGGGUCCGCAGCGAGGCCCUUCUCAACCUGAGUUGGCGCAGAGAGGUUCGGACUCUGUUGCAAGUGCCUGCAGACGAAUUUGGCGCGGCAAGGUAUGCGUAUGCGCCGGGUCUGCGAGGCGGGGAGUCUUCAGAGACUCCAGUUGUGGGAGAACGAAGGACAACGCGAGAGACCUUCAUGCGAGGGGCUCUGGGCGUCCUCGCGAAGGAACUGAUUGCGACCUUCGACGCUCCCGAGCGACAGCUCUUCGAUUCCCUCGCGCUCUUUUGUUGCACGGCGACAGCCGCGGCAGAGCUCGACGUCUCGCUGUCCUCGGAGGGCUCGCUUCCAACCAGCGUUCAAGGCGGGAGACAUGAGGGGGCGCGCUCGUUCGUCUGCGGAGCUUGCACAGAUCUGGGGGAGGACCCACCGUCGGUUUCUUCUGCGUUGAGGCCCUCCUCGGCGGUCCUCUCGCUUGAGCAGCUGGAACGCCUCUUCCAUCUUGCAGUCGUAGCCCUCGCCUGCGUGUCUCUCUGUCUCUCCGCGGCGUUUCCUUUCCUCUCGCUCUUCUUCUCGCUUCACCCCAGCACACACACCGGCGCGCAGCUUGCGCCCUCGGCUAUCAGCGACGACCUGGGGCUCACGCCGAACAGUGCCCCGAAGCAGGAGACAGGAGGUGCAGAAGACCGCCCCCGCGCCUCCUCCACGGAGACAGCGACCGGGGAACUAAGACCCGGGCUCCGUCCGGCCGACGAGAUCAAAGGCGCCGGUCUUGUCUCCCCUCCGGAGACCUCGAGGCCGGGGGCCAGUGCGGAGACGCGCCUUCGAGCCAGAGACGGUUUUGGAGCCCCAGGAGGCCCCCACGAUCCCGAGGCGCUUGGCGAAGACGCCGCGCGGGAUGUGCGGCCGUUCCACCCCCUACGGACCGUGCUUCAUGUUGCGGUGUACCUGCACUUCAUUCUCAUGCAACCGGAGAGAUCCACGUGGCGAGUGGAGCUCCGGAGACACCUCAGAGACUUCCUCUGGCCUCGCCUGCUGCUGGGCUCCGUCGCAGAGUCGAGUGAGCAGGCUGCGGGCGACGCCGGAGAAGAGGGGAGGAGCGGCGCAUGCGAGGCGGAUCGGGACCGCUCGGCGAGAAGCCGUGGGCCUAGGGCGGAAGGCCCUCGUGGCGGAAAGGCGAAUUUCUUUCCGGCCUCCUCCAGUUUACUCCAGUGCCUCGCGACGUGCUUGAGUGUGAAAGUCUUCGAGUUCCUUCUCGAUGCGCUCCGAGCAGUCGACCGCGAAGCCCUGCGUCUUCUCCACUUUCUCCAGCUUCUCUCGCUCGUCGCCUCUGCAAGUGCCGCUGCGGGUGACACGGAAGCGGAACAAGAACAGAGCGUCGGCGUGAACGGCGAGGCGGCAGAGGCCCCGUCUCCCCGGUCCUCUUCCACGUCUGCGGGGCGCCUGUCGCGCAGCGUCUCAGGUCUGGAGGCCGACGGCUUCGCCACAGCUGGUUGCCGGAUCUCCGCGCAUGCGCUGCGUCUGCAAGAGCGGCAGAUUGACCUUCUCCGGGGCUGGAUAGAUCGUCUCUGUUUUUCUCUUUCUUCGUUCCUCUGCACGCAUCUGCGCCCGCUCCUGACGCGCGCAGCGCCUCUCGCGGCUUCGCUUCUUCUCCCGCUUCUCUGCUGCACAGACCCGGCGGGUGGCGGUGCCAGGACUCCCGAAUUCGACCGCUCCUCUUUUCUGGGCACCUCUCUCGGCACCGCGACGAAAAGCGCCAAAGCUUCUCUUCUCUGUGGCUCGAUCUCCGAGCUCCUUGGCCCAGAGGCUUCUCAGCUGUGGAUUCUCCUCGGCUGCACGAACCGCCUUCAGUGGCUCUUCAGCCAGCUGCCCUUUCUCCCGCUGCCGCAGCCCGCUCCGCCGUCUGCGCAGCCUAGUUCUGGCCUCGGAGCGCCGCCUUCCGGUGGAGCGCAAGGCGCGCCGAAGAACUCCGCGGGCCUUCCGGCCCCGGCAGGGCCCGUUGGCAUCCCGGCAGGGAGAGGGGCGCUCCAGAAGCUGUCUGCGGGAGUUGCGGAGCGCGCGGCUCGGGCCGCGGCUCUUCCGGGCAGCCUCGCAGAAGCGCGAAGCUCGAGAGAGGGCGCUGGGCACCGGGCACUGGGCGACGGAGGUUCCGUCGGGGGGUUCGGGGCGCGCGCUGGAAAGAAGGCCGGCGGCGAGUCGUGGUCGCGCCUGCAGCUUCAGGAGCAACUUGUGAGGGCGGGGAUUCCACAUUUGCUUCUCGGGGACCGACCCCAGGCUCCCCAGAGACAGAGUGGGCUGGGGUGGCCGCUGUCGCGUCUCCAACAGCAGCUCUUGGCCGAGCUUCCGUCUCUGCGCGUUGCCGACGAGCUGGUGGUUUCUGGGGCCUUUCCGGGGGUACCAUGUGUCCUGGGGGGCCUGUUUCCUCCGGGAAAGAUUUGCAGCAUCGCGGCAUCGAGAUCUUCUGUGAACGCUCUCGAUGCAUUGCGGAAGGCGUACGACCAUCACCUCCCCUCUUUCCUCACCCCGCAAGCUGUCGCGCUUCUUCUCGCAGAGGCUGCCGGCAUGCCGUGCCAUCACCGAGAAGACGCCUUGCGUGUCUCCGCGACGUCCCUGUCUCUGUCUGCCCCCUGGUGGAGCUCGCCGUGCUGCGCGGUGCCGCUCUGCGCCGUCCUGGGGCCCGUGACGGCGGCAUGCAGCGGCACCAGCCACAGACGAUACUUCCUUCCCGCUGGGGCCUCGAUGAGCACUGACCUCGCGAUAGGUGUGGGUCCGCUCGAGGGCCUUUCGGCCCCUGGAGCUGCGCCCCGUUUGGCGAGCAACUACGUUCUGCGUACUGUCCGCAUCCCGCCCUCGCUCUUGGGUGCCUCUCCCUCUGGAGGCGACACAUGCACUGCCUCUCUCCUCUACGGAGCCGCCGCCGCAGUCCACGCCACGGCGGCCGCCACGGCCGCUGUCGCUGCAACAGCUGAGGAGCGCAGCGCGCACCUUGUCUCUCGGAAACAGGCUGCGUCUGCUUCGCCGCCAGAGAGGGUUGUCGACUUAAGGACCAAAAACCGGGCGUCUGUCCCCGACGCGGAGGCCGCGAGCAAGCGCCAGACCUCCCCCCGGCCGCUGCCUCCGGGCUCGCCGGUGCCUUCAGAUCCCUCAGCUGUCCAGCCUGAGAGCCCACCGCCGCAGUCGAGAGCGCAGAGUGCGGGUCCAUCUGACCUUGAAGCUACAGGCGUUGGAAACAGACGUUCAGAGGGGGAGAGUCGCUCUUCACGGAGAGACCGUGCAGAGGCCUUGCGAGCAGAGGCCCGCUGGCUUCUCUCACUCAGCGCCCCGCAAGUCAGCGAGGCAGGGGGCCCAGGCGGGGCCUUCGUGGGAAUCGCCCCUCUGCGCCGUGCGACAGUGAACAGCUCGCAGCAUCUCCAGAGGCGUCUCGGGCGCGUACAGGGGCCUCCCCAGCUCCGGCGCGGGGUAUCGGGGCCCAAGCUGUCGACGCACGGGUGUUUUGAUGCGAAUUUCGACAGUCUGCUGAAGACCUCUGGUCUCCUGAGUGCGAGCUGGUCGGAGGGAUCUGUGCUGCUUUCUGUCUGGUUUGGGUACCUCUUGACGAGAGACACUUCCCUCUUCGCGUACGCCCAAGUGGACCGGAUGAGCGCGGCGAUGCGACUCCUCGCUGCCGCGGCUGCGGCGGACGUCUCCGCGCCCCCCGAGGAAGGCGUUGGAAGCCGAGGAGGCGCGGCGAAGCCCGGAGGACCGUCUGGAGCCUCAGGGGCCGGAAAAGCGGUUUCCACGCACCCGCUGUCUCCCACGGGCGCCGACCCCCCGGGAAGCAUUGGUGCUGCUGUGGCGGGACACGGCUUUUCGGCAGCCCCGUCGUUGGAGCCGACUUUUCCUUAUCAGGCCUUUCCCAGUUUGUCUGUUCUCCGGUCUCGCUUCUCCUUCACAGGGGCUGUGGGCGCACAUCCGUUCCUGCCGAUCUUCGCCGCGGCGCUCCAGGCUGUCGAGGUCCAGUCUAGCCCUGCGACCGCCUUCGCGGCGAUCCUCCGGCCGUUUGGAGCUCACGCGCGGAGUCUCCCGAAGGGCUCGCCCGCGGCGCUUCCGGCGACAACUCGCAUGGAUGGGCCCUCGGGGGCAGAGUCGAGAGACGCCGGUUCAAGUGCCGUGAAGGCCGACGCAGCAGCGCGACACGCAGGGCCGCGAGCUGGAGGCGAGUGCGGAGACAGUGAUGUGGCUCGCGUCGCCCCAUCAUCUGGGGCAACUCAGUUUCGAGCCGCAGCCGAGAGCGCGCGUGCGGGGGCCGUGGGACCUGGGGAGAAAGGGGCCCGUUUGACCGCGGACUCCCGUUCGGCCUCUUUCGCAGGUGCCUGUGGCCAUCCUCGCGAAGACCUUGACUCGGAGACAGGAAAGGCAGCGGGUUCCGACGAGAGGCGCCAGAUGCCGCAGGCGCUGGCAGUGCGUGAAGAGGUCGCCGCCUUGUCUGUCUCGGACCGCGGCGAAGGAAGUUUCUCUUUCGACGUCGGGCCUCCGACAGAGACUGGAAAGGAGACAGGCGCAAAGGGGCGAGCCGGAGCUCCAAGCCCCGGCGCCACUGGCGCCAGGGUCGGGGGGUCCGACUCGAGCGCGUUGGUCCCCUCGACCGUCGGAGGAGCGACCACACGCGGCCAUCCCCAGGAGGUGCGGCUCCAGAGUUUCGGGCGCAUCACAGCAGUGGUGUGGAGCGAGUCCGGAGACAGUCUCUUUCUGGCGGACUCCAACGGCUGGGUUCGGGUCUUCGGCCUUCUUCGCGGGCCCCUGAUGCCCCCCUCCGCCGCCGUCGCGGUUGCGGCAGCCGCGGCAGAUCCUGACACUGCGGCUCGCCUAGGGAUCUCCACGCACCUUCCUCGGCACCACCAUCACCACAGAAAGCCCAGUUCCGGCCUCAAAGAAGGCAUGCUGGCGGCGGCGCUGCAGCAGGUCUCUCGCCCGACAGUCGCCUGGAGAGCUCACGUGUCGACGGCGGAAGUCAUUCCACUCUUCGGGUGCGGUUCCUGGCUGCUCACUCGAGGUGUGGGCCUCUUCCCGCAUGCCCUUCGCCAUGAUCCCGUCCUGGUUGAAGGGCGUCCCUUCUCUGUGGGCGCGUCUCUGGAGCCGGCAGGCCCGAGGCCUUGUGGCACAGGAGGCGCGACCUCGGAGACUGGAGAGCCGGAUCCGAACUUCUUCUACCGCAGGGGACGAGGCCGCGAAGGCGCCGGUCGGGGCGACGGGCGCCGGAGUGUCUCCGUCGGCAACAACGCGGACGGGGACGGGGACGACGAAGACCCUGCAUUGGGAUUCGAGGAAAGCGGAGCCCUUCGGAGCGAGUGGCUCCCGACCCACGCGAAACCUCCGAUGCGGGUGUCCGUUCAAGCUCUCAAUGCCAGCGUAAACAGUCCAGACAGCGGGGGUUUGGGCGCAGGGCGAGGCGGUCGCGCCGCGACGCCUCCGGGGCGCAUGCGAGCGUCUGCAGUCGAUGACCAGCUGUCUGCGCAGCCAGAGGCAGUUCCCUACAGUCCGCGCGAUGACCGCGGCGACAGUGGAGACGAGCUGAGGCGGCGACAACGCAGUCGGCCUGACUCCGACAAGCGUGGAGGAGCGAAGACGGGGGGCCAUUACCACCAUCCUUUCUCGAUUUUUCGCCGAGGUCGAGGCAAGGGCUGCUGCGAGGCGGCGGCCGCAGCAGCUGCCGGCGGAGGUUUGGGUCGGAUGCGGAGCGCGUGUCUCCCGGCGCGGAGACGGGAGUCUGUGUCGGUGACGACUGAGACCGAGAAAGAUGGCGCCGAGGACGCCCCUUUGGGUCCGAAGCGAAGGCGGUCUUUUCGCAUGCUUCCGAACGCAGCUCGCCGCUUCAGGGGCGCCGACGUGAUCGCAAAGAUUCACUCGCGACUCCUCCAGUACCAGAGCCAGCUGCAGUUGCGUCACGGCGGCUCUCAGUUCCUCUCUCGCCGGAACAGCCAGCGAGACGGGGGGCUUGGGGCAGGAAAGGGGCGCACCCAAGGCGGCGCCGAGGCGAAGGGCCCCGCUCUCUUCGAGCACCCAGUCUCCGGACCUCUCACUAGGGGACGGAUAGGCGCCGAGGGCUUGGGUCUCUCUGGGGACUGCGCUCUGUACAGCGAGGGCGACGGACCUGAAGAGGAGAAUGCGGAUUCCGGCCCCCUCGCCGCGGCGUUGCCCCUGCAGCAGUGGACGUCGGCGCUGUUCGGGUUCGGAGGCCCCGAGGUAUCGGACGACGAGACCUCGCAGAGUGGAAAGGAGCGAGUUUUGGACAAGACCAUCAAGCAGAUGCCUCAAAUCGCGGGACCCUGCAUCUGUGUCUGGGACUUGUGGGACAUGACGGAAGGCGGGGGGCCGCGCCUCGACUGCGUCAUCACCUGUGACGACCUCCUUCUUUCGCGGAUUCAACAGCACCUGGCGGGCGUCGGGGGGGCUCCAGGCCCGCUCGGCUCCCGCGCCUCCAAGCGCGGCAAGAAGAGCAAGAAGCAGGUACACACCUCGGAUGAUACGCGCAGCAGAGACACCUGGGAAGUCGUCCCCACCCACACGCCCACGUGCAUGUGCGUCGCGGUCCUCCAGGACGGCCCCGCGCUCUGUGGCUGCUGCGGAGCUGCAUGCAGUGGAGGGUGUGGAUGCGCGCCUGUGGGGGUUCAGCGGGAGCGCGAUGGCGGGGCGAGAAACAGUGAAAGAGGGACCGACGCGCGCGCCUCUCGACGCCACACUGUCUGCGCCGGAGGGAGCAGCUGUCGGUGCUGCAGCUGGUGCUGUGGGUCGGUGCGGUGCGUGGUGUACGGAGACACAGACGGCUCCGUGCAUGCAGUCGAUUUGGCUGCUCAGGAGGAAGUUCACCGGUGGCGAGCGCAUCCGUCUGCCGUGGCCGCGUGUUCGGUGUCUAGGCCCGCCGCGGCUUGUCCCUCGCACUCAACAGUCCCCGGUUCCUGGCUCAUAACGGCGGCAGCCGCCUCUGCUGCAGACGCGACUUUCCGCUGCUGGAGUCUCUCCGCGCUGGCCGGAGGCGCGCCCUUUCUCCUCUACGAAUUCACCUCCCCAGGUCACAUUCCCCUUCCUCUCAGGGACGCCGGCCGCGCGCCGCGACCGCCCGUGACAGUCGCAGGCUCUGCCUUGUUCAGCAGUUGGCGGGGCGAGCUGGGACCCGCUCCAGGUGUGCUGGUAGGCGAUGGUGGCUGCUCUCCAGAAGAACGAAGAAGCGUCGAGCACCCGGGAGUCUGGGGCGAGGCGGAGCGACUCGGAGUGCCGCGGCAGCCGCCGCAGUCCGUCUCGCCUUUCUCGCCGUUCGCCCCCUCGUCCGCUAACGCACUUGUCCGCCUUCUCGGGGGAGACGCAAAGGAGACGAAAGAAAAUACGCCCGCGCAUGCAGAAGAGAGCGUGUCCAUGUUACAAGUCGUCAGUCCUGGUGGCAUUCUCACGGUCCGCCACGAUGGCACUGCUCUUUUAAAUCGCCUGUAAGCACAAAAGUGGAUGUGUGGUGGAGGGAGCCGCAGUGCGGGGGGAGGUUUGGGGGUUCGAUGUGAUGGGCAGCGUGGGUUUUGACAGGCGUGUGAUGUCAGUCGAUGACAAAUUGCAGUUCUCUGCUACAGAAUGUUCGUUAAUAUGGACAUUUUUGAACGUCAGUUCUCUGCUACACUUGUAGCCGGACCACACAGCUAGCGUUCUAUGAAGAGAGACG